UCAGUAUAUCCAAAAAAGCGAGAAAAGCCAACAAAACCCGUUCUCAUACAGGCAAUUCUAACGCAGCCCUCAUCCCAUUCUGAAAGCUUUGCUCCAUACAAGAAGAAGAAGGAUCGGAUUUACAGUACCAACUAGAAAGUCCAGUUCGACCAUAAGAGAUGUCACAGGAUCAUGACAAUAAGCGGCCUGUGCUCGUGGUACCGAAUGAUCCGGCUUACAACCAGCGCCGGCCUUACACAAGUGAGGAUGAGGCCUGGAAGUCGUUCCUGGAGAACCCUCUCACAGCCGCCACCAAGGCCAUGAUGAGCAUUAAUGGAGAUGAGGACAGUGCCGCAGCUCUGGGUUUGCUAUACGACUACUACAAGGUGCCACGGGAAAAGAGAACAAUAUCCCAGCAAAAGACUGACGUCCUGGGCUCUGAUGUGGAUCCCAACAAAAGGAACAUGAUGGCCCCUCUCCAAGAGACGUCAAUGCCAUCGGAGAACAGAAUUCAGGUUCUGAAAGGAGUACCCCUAAAUAUCGUUCUUCCAGGGAACCCGCACACCCAGGACAAGAGAGGCCUUUUCCCCUCACCUGAUACUACGGUGACGGUGUCCAUUGCGGCUGUGCCAAACUACUCAGUGAAGACAGAGGGUUCAUCCCACGGUUUCUCCGUCACAGUCCCCAACCCCCACUGCUCAGAACCAGACAGUCACACGGUGGGAUUUGACCGUCAGCUCCCCCACAACCAGUUCAGCCCGAACACACAGCCACGCACCCCAGACUCGACCUUCCCAGAGAACUCAGAUGUGUUCUCGUUCCCAGGGGAUCUCCAGUUACGCAUGGUCUCGCAGGAGGACUACGGAACUUUUGACACAGUGUCAAGUAAUAAUUUUCAAUACACGUUAGAAGCCUCUAAGUCUCUCAGACAGAAGUCUGGUGAUGGCACAAUGACGUACCUCAACAAGGGCCAGUUCUAUCCCAUCACCCUCAGGGAAACCGAGAAUGGCAAACUGAUGCACGGCCCCAUCUGUAAAGUCAGGAGUGUUGUGAUGGUAGUGUUUGGAGAGGAGAAAACCAGAGAUGACCAACUCAAGCACUGGAAAUACUGGCACUCGAGACAGCACACGGCCAAACAGAGAUGCAUUGAUAUCGCGGACUACAAAGAAAGUUUCAACACCAUCAGUAAUAUUGAGGAGAUUUCAUAUAACGCCAUUUCAUUCACAUGGGACAUCAGUGAGGAAGCAAAGAUCUUUAUCUCAGUGAAUUGUCUGAGCACAGACUUCUCCUCUCAGAAGGGAGUGAAGGGCCUACCGCUCAACCUACAGAUCGACACCUACAGCUACAACAACCGCAGUAAUAAACCCAUCCACCGCGCAUACUGCCAGAUAAAGGUCUUCUGCGACAAGGGUGCAGAACGCAAAAUCCGUGAUGAGGAGAGGAAACAGUCCCGUAGGAAGAGCAAGGGCCCUGACGUCAACCCUGCUAUGGGAAACUUUGGGCCAGAUGUCAAGGUGCCCCUCCUGCACAAGCGCAGCGACAUCACUGUCUUCAAGACAAUGACAGAAUACGAGACACAGCCUGUCCUUUUUAUCCCCGACAUCCACUUCUCCACCUUCCAGCGUCAUCCUUUCUCACCGGAGGACUCAGAGGAGGGCUCAGCUAUGAAGAGAUUACCUUAUUCCGAGGAGGAGUUUGGAUCACCUCCCAAUAAGCUGGCAAGGAUGGAUGAGCCCAAAAGAGUUUUGCUGUAUGUGCGCAAGGAGACAGAAGAAGUGUUUGAUGCUCUCAUGCUGAAAACACCUACUGUAAAAGGCCUAGUGGAAGCGAUUUCAGAGAAAUAUGAAGUUCCUCUUGAGAAGAUGGGAAAAGUCUUCAAGAAAUGCAAGAAAGGGAUCAUGGUAAACAUGGAUGAUAACAUCGUCAAGCACUACUCCAACGAGGACACCUUCCAGAUCCAGAUGGAGGAAAUGGGAGGAAUGAUUAAGCUUACACUGACAGAGAUUUGAGAGUUAUUUUCGAGUCAUUCUACAGACUGGUUUACACAAGUCCACAGACCAUUCCUCCUACUCUAUUAGGAUACCAGAGAUCCCUCAGCAACUCGCUGUCAUCUUUUAGAAUAAUCUGAUGAACAGUUUUCGCGUGACCAAGUGUAUGAGCCUUAAGUACUUCGUGAAUUUAGAGUGAAAUGAUGUAGAGUAUUUCUUUCAAGUGUUUCUUCCAAACACCUUAAAGGUUUUGAGCCAUAUUUUCUAAUUUUUUUCUGAGUAUAAGCGAACAGCUGCAGAUUUUUACUAUUUCUCAUUCAUUUUGUGACUCUGAAAGAGAUCACAAUAACAAUUUACUCUUCGUUUUCCUGUUUAAAGUCAUAGCACUGGAGACGCUAAUCUCUAAAAAGGACAAAUGAACAGGGUGUUACUUCUGUAGUAAAAUGGGUUUGGGGGAUCCUAUUUGCUUGACUGUAUUGAUACAAAUACCCUGAGCAGUAUUUAGUGAGUACAGUAUAUUAUCCCUUGCUCAGCAACUCCACGAGGUGCAGUGCCACAAGCACUGUGUGUAUGUGUGUGUGUGCACAUUAUGAUUUAUAAAUGUAGAGGAACAAUCCUUUUUUUAACCAACAAUGGUCAUUUCC